AGGUGCAAAAGCUCUGCGGUCAGUCUCCGCCCCCUCCGGCGGACUGCAGGAGAUGGGAGAGUGGCUGGCGUCGGUGCUGUGUGAGGAUUUGGACGCGUUAAGCUCGUCUCAGUGUGUUCUCCAUGGCACCUCGGUUCUCUGAUCGAUGUGAAUAAAUUAGCCGGGCAGUUUUCUUUUUUCCUUAAAAUCUAAGCAGCCGUCAUCAUAGGCCCGCGCGCGAGCUCGCUGCCUCUCGCGUCGAUCAGGAUGGCCGGCGGCGGCGGAGGAGGCGGAGGCUGCCGCAGAGUGCGGGGCCCUGAGCUCCGGGAGCUGCUCGACUCGAAGCGCGACGUGCUGUUCGACUGUGACGGCGUGAUCUGGAACGGCGAGGCAGCCGUUGCCGGCGCUCCGGAGGCGGUGAGGCUGCUGAAGCAGCGCGGCAAGCGCGUGUUCUUCGUCACCAACAACUGCACGCGGCCGCGGGGCAACUACGCGCACAAGUUCUCGCGCCUCGGCUUCUCCGACGUGUCGGAGGAGGAUAUCUUCAGCUCGGCGUACUGUUCCGCGGCCUACCUGCGCGACGUGGCGCGGCUCAGCGGAAAAGUGUUCGCUAUCGGCUGCCAGGGCGUGCUGCAGGAGCUGCGGGACGCCGGCGUGGACGUGGUGGCCGAGGACAGCGCCGAAGGGCCGGACACCAGCAUUUACGACUGCCCGCUGGACCCGGACGUGCGCGCCGUGCUGGUGGGCUACGACGAGAAAUUCAACUUCAUGAAGUUGGCCAAGGCCUGCUGCUAUCUGAGGGACUCCGAGUGUCUGUUCCUGGCCACUGACCCGGACCCGUGGCAUCCUCUGCGGGGUGGGAGAGUCACACCAGGUUCGGGGAGUCUCACAGCAGCUUUGGAGACGGCCAGCAGCAGGAAAGCCACUGUUAUCGGCAAGCCCAGCCGCUUCAUGUUCGAGUGCAUCGCGAGCCAGUUUGACCUGGACCCGGCGCAAUCCCUGAUGGUCGGUGACCGCUUGGAGACUGACAUUCUCUUUGGUGCCAACUGCGGCCUUUGCACGGUGCUCACACUGACGGGCGUGUCCACCAUGGAGCAGGCGCAGGAAUACAAAGACAGCGAGGCACCAGAGAAGAAGGACUUUGUACCUGAUUAUGUAGUCGAAAGCAUCGCAGAUUUCUCUGAGGCUUUGGAGGAUGAGUGAGGAUGGUUCAAGGUGUUCUGUUCAUAUUCUAACGAACCUCAAAGUGCGAGAGAGACCUCAGCCUGGCACACAAACAGUUACUAUUGUAUGUCCAGUCUUAACCCCAAUACUGUUGCUUGUGGUGUACAAUAUAGCUAUGUGUCAGCAUAGUUCGGUUAAUAUUAUCUUAUGAAUUUCCAGUCCAUCAAUGUAUUUGAUGACAUGGGUACACCAUGUAUUUGAACUACCGCACCACAUUUAAAACUUUUUAGGGAUGUUGCUAAGCCAGAAGGUCAAACACAGCUGUAAAACAAUGUUCGAAUGAAGUUUAUUCAUCAUCCUGGCUGGAUUCGUCUUAGAAAACAUGGCACACGUUUUCAUGCUAUUGAAGAAGCCUUUUGGGGUUACAGAAAUGGUAUGACACAAAAUAAAGUAAUGCUUCGGGAAGAGUUAUGUACAUGAUUACACUUAUUUUAUUUUAUCUGUAUGACAAAACUACUGAAAUGUAAUUUUAUCAAAGAAUGUAUUACAGUGCAGGAUAAGACAAUAUCUCCCAAGAGGUUUAAACAGUAGCUAAAACACUGAUUUUGCACAUUUUCGUAAAUUAAAUAACAGCUAAUAACUUGAUUCAUUUGGUUAUUAGCGAUUGCAGGCAGUCAGUACGAAUAAAAUAUGCACUGUCUAUAUACUAGGAAUGCACCAAUUGUGAAUGUUUUUGGCCAAUUUUAAUUGCAGUAUUUCUACAGCUAAAUUGGCAGAUGGGUGAUUUUUAUUAGUCGUCUUUUUUUUUCUUUUUUUUUUUUUUUAAGUGAAAUUAAACAUAUUAGCAUAUUUGGAGUAUUUUGUAGUAGUGAAAGCUAACAACGUCAAUUGCUUCUUAGUGGGCCAUACUGCCAUUUUAAAUUUGUAAAAUUAAAAUAUCAGUUCCCUAAUUAAGUAAUAUUAAUAAAUUGCAUUUAUCUGUGUCAUAUUAUUUACUAGAGGUGUAAUUGUUCACAAAAUUCAUUAUUUGAUACAGUGGUGUCUCGAUUAAAGAAUUUUUUGAUAAAACAAAAAUAACAAGUGGCUGAAAAUGUGCCUUACAUUAUGUGUUCAUUUUCAGUUUACUGGAAUGUUAAAUAUUAAAAUACAGUAGUUGAAACAAAAUUUGUGCUUUAGGGUCCCGAUCUAAUGCUGUGGCCAAAAAAAAACAUGCUAGUCACAAUACAGUGUGUUGUUGUUUUACUACCUUAUUUACAAUGAAAUACAAUUGCAACUCCGGUUGGCCAAAAAAAAUGCUGAUUGCAUGUUUGGAGCAAAAAUCUGCCCACAAUCUGGCUUAUUCAUAUUAUGCAUCCCUACUAUAUACAGUAUAUUGUGUGAACUGCCACUAUCAAACUGCACUAAUAUGUGAUUCAUUAAAGCUGCACUAUGUAAGAUUUUUUGUUAAAACUGAAAAGUAGCACCACUGAGUCAGGAGAAAAUAAACACUGUAAAAUAUGCUGCUGUGAGUCGUGCUGUAAAGCCUGAAGUAGUAGUUUAAAAGUCAGAAGCGUUGGGUCGGAUAUCACUGGAAUUUUUCAGGUAACAUCAUAUGUCUUUACGUAUUAAUGUCACACACACAGACUCAAAAAGAAGAUCCGGCUCUAUGUUCAAGUCUCAAAUGCAAAAUCAGCAUUAUACUUAAGAUAUGAUGAUAUUAGUAGAUAUUUCACUUGCAUCCUUAGAAGACACAUGCUUCACCAAGUUUUGACUGAGUUCUCUUUGAAUACUCUUGCACUCAUAGUCGUCAGAUUCAUCGCUCGGUUAAGGAGUCUGAACCACAGUUGACGUUACGAUUUUAUCCUCCGCAUACAGUUACAUAGAUCAAUCAGAGAGGCCUCUAAGUCUUACAUGAUGUAGCUUAAAAAUAGCAUAAUUUGUGUUACUAUUUUAACAAAGUCACACAAGAAAGUCCCAACAAAAUGAAUCAAGUGACAAUCAAAUUGUUUUCUAACUGGACAUGACAACGGACGUCCCUGUAUUUCACAUUGCUGGUACUGUAAUAUACUUUCAACAUGCUCUUUUGUCUGUGUGGGUUCUAAGAAUAACUUUAAAUGAACAGCAAAGGUAAUGACUGUGUAAUGACUGUGUAUUGUGCCAAUUUAAUUAACAUGAAGUGGCUGCUUGGUCAAAGUAUGGUACAAGAAGAAUUCACUGAUUUAGCUUUUCUCACAAAUGUGUUUGGUGCCAAUUUUUUUGUCACGUCAUUAAAGGUGCAGUGUAGAUGAUUUAGGGUGAUCUUUAAGCAGAAAUAGAAUAUAAUAUAUAAAACAAUGCUGUCAUUAAGGUAUAACCACCUGUAACUAUGAAUCAUAGCGUUUUUGUUAGCUUAUAAUGAGCCAUAGGGUGCGGGUCCUCUUCCAACAGAGGCCACUUUGUUGCACCGCCAUGUUUCUACAGUAGCCCAGAAUGGACAAACCAAACACUGGCUCUAGAACAGUGCCUUUAUGUUUUUACAUUGAAGCAGCAGCUUGAAUUUGAACUGGAUGGAAGUUGUAGAACCCAAAUCUUGAGAAAGGAUCACACUUAUUAUUUAGCACAAGAAAAAUUAGGGGAGGCUGUAUCCUCAUCGUCUAAGAGCCGAAAACAUAAUGGCCACCAUAUGCUCUAUUACACACUGCAAUUUGAAACCUCAGCUCUAGAUGCUGCUAAAUCUUACACACUGCACCUUUAAUGAGUCUGGGAUUUGACUAAUCCACUACAUUUCUGAAUUAAGUUAGUUUUUUUCACAGAAGUGGCCUUCAACAUCAGAAUACUUUCAACAUAUUUCAGUUAAAGCAUUCCUCAAUGAUUAGCAAUACAUGCUGUAGGAUCAUUCUUUGAGUUACUAAAACUGAAUUUGGACGUUUUUCGCUAACCCCUCGAUGAAAACCUGCCCUGUGAAAGCGCUGAAUGUUUGAUUCUGUAUGAAUGAUGAUCUAGUGCAGUGGUUAAGGAAGAGAAAUUGUAACUAAAAUGCUUGUGAUACUGUUAUUAUUAUUAAUUUACAUUUAGUGCUAAGUGUUCAGUAUAAACUGAACAGGUGUGGCUUACUUGUGGACAACCUGGAGCUUGACUGACUUUUUAGUCAUUGUUCGUUGUCUUUAGCUAGACACUGCAUUCUGUACCUGAGGGAAAAUGUUUUUUUUUCAGAAUAAGUAUUUAAAUAAGGGAAUGCCAAACAUCUCUGUGUGAAUGCUGUAUACAUACUGUGAACUGGUUUGGCGUUUAGUAUUCAUGUAAGUGGUGUAAAUUUGCCUUUUUAAUUAAAAUUUAACUUGAA